AGGGGAGGAGAUUUAAAUGGCCAGCUAGAGAAAAGGUGGUGUAGGGCAAUUAGUCUCUGACUGUAGCUCAGAGCAGGACUGAAAACUGAAAGUCUGGAGGAAACUUUACGCAUUUUUUCUCAUUUAAUCCUUUUAAACUGAUUUUUUUUCUGCACAAUGAUUAUGCUUUACUUAAUCUUACAUUUGGAUUAAUAUUAUUUGAAACAUAUUACUUAAGUUCUAACUUUCAUUCAGAUUUUUUUUUUCCUUUUGGACACUUAUCAUUAUAUAUCCACUGCGUCUCCGGGGCCUCUAUCAUUAGCAGAGGCGCAACCUUCAUCAGGUUCCAGGCGGCAGCGCGGAGCUACGUGACUCCUCUCACAGUCAGACUGAGCAGGGAGCAGAUGACUCGGGAAUUCCCUGUCAGCUUCUUUUUGUCCCCGUUCUGAGUGACCCGGGCUGCCAUACUUUUGGGAUUUUUCUUGGAUAUUUUAAGUUUUAACGUGUGCGUCGGGAGCUGUUUCCCUCUCUCUCUGUGUGCGCAAAUGAAACCGGGUUAUGUCAUCCAGACUGUGGCGGCGUUUUAUCUGCUCCUCUCACCUGUGCAGAAUUUACCCACAUCAAACACAAAUGAAACAAGGCAAGUGUUGAUGUUUCAAGAGGUGUGGGGUCGCAGCUUCUGCAGGACCAUGGAGAAGCUGGUGGAGGUUGUGCAGGAGUACCCGACAGAGGUGGAGCACAUCUACAGCCCCUCCUGCGUGCCUCUGGUCAGGUGUGCUGGCUGCUGUGGGGACGAGAAAUUAGAGUGUCAUCCCACUCAAACUACAAAUGUCACCAUGCAGCUGUUGAAAAUCAGACCAUCGGAGCCGGGUCAGGAAUAUGUUGAGAUGACGUUUGUGGAGCAUCAGACAUGUGAAUGUAGAGUCAGGAAACCUUUAGUAAAGGUUGAAAGGAAAAGGCAAAAAGGAAGAGGAAGAAAGAGAAAGGAGAGACAAAAAUCAAAAGAAUGUAGCAGGUGUCAGAUCCCUCGCAGGUAACUUCAGCUGCAGCCCGACCUGUAGCGUGGCUGACUGUUUCCAGUCCAGCAACCGCAUAAAGAGUCUCUUCCACUUUAUCUGUCAGACCUGUUUGCGACCAGAGACUCGGACGGCUUGGRGCGAUCUUUGCUGAACAUAUAGCUGUCCUGACUGAUGGACAAGGUGUUUGUGAUGACAAAGUUCAACAGGAAGCRAGUUUUAAUUGGUGGAAACACUCUAUGUUACACACAAGGAGCGUAACUGGGAGCCAGUGCAAUGUAGAAAAGGAACAGACUGAUGUUUUCAUUUUAUUCUUACUGUGUCGGUUAUUUGAAUUUGUCCAUUUCUUUGGUAUUUAAAAGAGGUUACAUUUGUUAAAACUCUAUAUUUAUUGUUAGAGCUGAAUAUAGUUGGACCAGCAACCUUCAAAAAGUUUGUUUUGUUUAGUUGAAACAUUAGAACACCUUGACUUGUCUUGACUAUGUUGGACUGAUGGACAGCUGCUUUGUAUGCAAUAAUGAAAUGUCUCCCUCUGGUGUUAAACAGGAAGUGUAAAAUGCUCAUUUUAGGUGGCAAAACUGUAAAAAUGGUUUGACUUAAGACAGAGUGGUCGUUCAAAUYCAGUCACAACAACAAGAUGUUGAAAAUCUAUAAAUUUUCUUUUCUGUUCCGUGGUUUUGCUGCUUUGUGCAGUCUCUCUCUUCCCCAUAAUCCCACACCACAUGACUUCCUCUGUCUGUUUUUGGAAACACUUCAGCAUGGAUGGGAUCAGCUGAGUUCAUUAUAUCAAAUGAUGUCUAUUUCUGUAUUCUUAUUUUUCAUGUAUCAAAAAGGAAAUCUAUAUUAAAAAAUGUAAAAAGCUUUCCUCCUUGACUGUGCAAGUGUUUUUUAAUUUCAUUUAAAUAUUUAUUUUGUAAUAAACAGUUGUCAGAUUA